CCGAUAUCCCAAAGUUUGCAGCAGCCGUCCGGCCCGAGGAUCAAACUCCCCUCCUUGUUGGCGCCAGCCAAUCGCGUUCUGAAUAUCAGCGAAAUUGCAUUGCAACCCCCCAGUCUCCCACGUUGCCGGGCCUCUGCUUCCGAAGCCUUCGAGCGUCUUGGCUUCUUGUUUCGGGCGCUCCCGUGGGGAUUUAUUAAAGGAUGGCGACGACCGCGCGACCCCGACCGCGCAUCGAGCUCGACGCCCAAUCGACGGUCCUUGGCGAACUCCCGCUCGGCAAUAUUCAGAACAUUAAGCCCAACACCAUUGACUCCCUGGCCCGCCAGCUAGACGAUUUCCACAUCAACUGCAACGACAAGGAGAACAAGCCAGGCUGCGCGCUUGAACUCGGCUCUGGCCAAGGCCGAACCACAGCCUGUGAAACUAACCACUGCAUCCGGGGCAGCUCCCACGCACACUCCGGCGCCGGCACAGACUGCAUCACACAGGGCUCCGAAGACCCUGAACACUUGGACCCCCUUUUCCUGGCCAGCCAGCGGCUUCCCAGCGUACAGGAGCAACUGUCAAAGCACCAAGAAGGUCAGUUCGAGUGGCUGCUUUCGAUUCCGGUCAAGACUUCCGCCAGCGGGCGCAGGCCGCGCGACGACUCCCAUGGCGACGCGGAGCUGCGCCGGGGCGAAAAGACGCUCUAUUUCGGAUGCAACCUUGUUCGCCGUAGAUCGCUGUUCGGCGGGGCGCUCGGGAACGACGGCGAGUCCACUGACGUGUACACCAUCUUAGCCACCCGCAUUGAGGGCGACGAGGAUUUCACGAUGGACGCGGCCGCUGAGCGGGAGCGGACGGAGGCCGCGGCACAGGACAGCGCCGUGACCGGGCGCCACGAGGAGGGACCGGCCACACUGCCCAAGAGCCCGCAGCUGGCAGUGGAGGUCAAGGAGCACUCCCGGCCAGUCUCCCGCAUCGAGGAUUCCGUUGAGGCCCUCGAUAAACUUGAAGAGGAGAUAGAAGCGGUUGCCCAAGUCACUCAGCUCGAGCGGGUGUUCUCUCCCGAGAAUGACAGAGCUAGCACGCAAAACACCAAUGGAGCAGGUGCGAAGGCGUCGCCGCUGAGGCGAGCGACUUCAGUCAGAGCUACUGCAAGCCCGGCGGCGAGGCCCAAGACAGUGGAGCGUAGCGCUUCGGUACGCAAAGCGGCCUCCAGUUCGUCAGCUCAAGAGGACGACAAAGCAGUCGGCGGAAGUUCAGGUUCAGGCGCACGAAAAGUGCCGAGGCCUGCCAGCCUUCUGCCGCCCAAGCCGCUGGCCAAGUCGAGCAAGCCUCCCACGGUGCCGGCAUUCGAGCUGCCAGGCGAGGCGGUGGCUCGUCGUUUGAAGGAGCAGCGCGAGCAACGCCGGUCCCAGCAGCUGUCGGCCGAGCAAAUGGCGGCCGUGGCAGCUGCCUACUCGCCGUCCAGGCCGCACUUCAAGUCGUCCAAGCCGCCGACGCGUCCGACAUUUGAGCUCCCCGGCGAGGCCAUCUCGAGGAAGAAGCGCGAGGAGCGCGAGGCCAAGCUGCGCGCGCAAGAGGAAGAGGAGCGCAAGCGGCGCGAGUUCAAGGCCCGACCGCUCCCCGCCAACCUCGCGCCGAGCACCGUGCCCCGCGAGACGCUGACCAGCCUGGCCCGCCAGCGGCAGCGACAGACCGAAGGCUCGUCCGACUCGGCCGCGACGACCAUCACGCCGGCCUCCAAGAAGCGCCACUCGGUCGCCGCCUACCCAUCAUCCAGCUCCGCUGCGCGUCCUUCCACGAACGCGCCCGCCGCGGCCACCACCACUACCACUCUCCCCACCCGCGGCCGCGGCCCCGCCCAGGACACCACCGACCCGGCAGGCCCGCGCACCCGCGACCUCUCAAGCCGCGCGACAUCGACGUCGACGGGCAGCGGCAGCAUCCGGCGCAGCGGCAGCGCCGGCAGCGGCGGCGUUAGCGGCAGCAAGCGCAGCGUGGUCAGCGCGGAGGAGGCGGCGGCGCAGCGGCAGCGCGGGCGCGAGGUGUUCGCGGCGGACGGGGCGUACGCGGCGGCGCGGGAGCGCGAGCGGCGCGCGCGCGAGGAGGCCGCCGUGCUCGCGCGCCGCGAGGCCGCGGAGCGGUCUAGGAUGCUGAGCCGCGAGUGGGCUGAGAAGCAGCGCCUGCGGGCUGAGAGGGAGAAGGAGAAGCGGGCGCGGGAGAGGGAGAGGGAUGCUGGGAAGGCGAAGGAGCAGGCCCAGGUGCAGACGCAGGUUGCGGAGGCGGCUUGACCUAAACUUUUGCGCUGCGCGGUUUUGUGUGUUUGGGUCGGUCGCUCGUUCCCGGGCGGUGCGGUGGAGUGUGUGCUGCCGGUGUUUUCUUUUUCUAGGGGGAGGGGGGGUGUUGAUGGUUGGUUUGGUGUCAAGGAGGCCUCAAGGGGUGUGGAAUAUCACGUUGCGUCGGUGCUUUUA